AUGUUCGCUGCGUUUGUCUGCACGCUCAUUUCACUGCAUCCGUUUUUUCAUCGCUCCUCUGUGGCAGUGCCUGCACCGGAUCACGAGGACUCACCGUGGUUCAUGGGGUGCGUCAACGCCAGCGGCUGGCCAUUCAAAGGUGCCCGUGACCUUGACCCGGUUACCUGCUCCGUGCGCUGCCUGGAUAAAGGGUACCAGGUGGCAGCACUGACCUCCGAGGCUUGUUACUGUGGCAACCAGCAACAUGGUUUGGUGGCCAGUAAGUGUUCCAACACGUCUUCCAUAGGAGGGACAAAAGAUGUCAGAGGACAAAGACAAAGUGUCCUCUACUUGCCUAUUGGAGGUGGACAGGGAAAUGUGGCACUGUACAGAACUGAAGGGCCAUUUCUGCACAGAGUUCGUCUGUCUACGUCUUCACACAGAGUGCAGGCUGGGAGGACAUUUGUUGUGGAAAUUUCUGGAAACCUCGCUGGACGUCCCAACCAGCCCACAGGGGUCGUGGGUGUGGGAGGGGAGGACCUCUCUUACGUCACUGUUGAGUUUCAGGAAACGACCCCUAAAGGUCAAAGUUCACAUCAUGUCAACGUGUUGGAUGAUGGCUCCUUUGUUGUGUUACGUGACUGGACUUUGGAAACUCCAGGAAAAUAUCAAAUCAAUGUCAGUGUCUCCAACCCCCUCUCCACGCUCUCCUCCACCCUCCACCUCUCCGUCUUGCAGCCCUCUUCAGACGGCUUACUGGUCUCUGUGCUCCAUGGUCCUCUGGGUGUCCCCUCCUGCGUGCCUUCGCUACAGUCAGACUUCAGCAGUGUGACUGUGGAGGCAGUACACCUGGGCGACCCUGUCACACUGCAGGCGCACAUGAUGGAUGAUGGUCUGGCAGUGGAGUUUUUUUGGUGGUUUAUUCACAAGGAAAAAGAGAAAAACAUGAAGGGUGUAAAGACAGCUUGCCUCCUAAACUCAGACUGUGUGAACAGCACUGUGUUUGUUGUGCCCCCCACUGUCUCAGACCUCAGCAUAAGUACAUCAGGGAAUCAGAUGACUUCUGGAGAGGGAGCUUCUGUGCAUGUGAAGCUGUUCACCACCAUGAAGCACCUCUUCGUCCUUAACCUCACACUGAGUGGCAUUUAUGGCAGCAUUGACAUGAAGGACAAUGGCAACAGAAACAUCAAAAUUACUCACCAGGAAAACAGUAAUGAUAAUGACUGUAACAACAGUAACCAACUCAAUCAAAACCACAAUAACAUUAAUUGUUGGGAGGGCACCAACAGCUCAGAAACCCACCCUCUUCAACUCCUCCACACCUCCAACUGCUCCAGCUGCCAUUUGUACCUCAACCUCCGCUGCUGCCUCCCCACCACUGCAGGACAGUAUCAACUCACAGCGUCUCUUCUCUCCACGUCUGACCCUUCAGUCCUGCUCUCCGCUGUCCUGCCUCGAGCCUUGAUGGUAAACACCAGCUACACAACAGGAGAGGAGGCAAGGGUGGUUUUGCUUCUCGACCGCACUGGGACAGUUGUGGUUGAGCUUCGCGCUGAGAAUCGAGUGUCUUCUCAGAACAAGAGCGUGAGAGUGUAUGUUGAGGGGAAGAGGAAGCCGUCACCACAAGUUAGAGUUAAUCCAACGUGGCAACCACCUGCCAAUCAAAGUACAGCUCACAACCUGCCUGACAAUGUGCUGAUUUAUUCAGCAAAGCAAGCUUAUCCCACAAAUACAGAUGUAACUUUCCUGGCUGUGGCUGAAGCACCGGAUCCUGUAGAGUUCUUCUGGCACUUUGGAGACUCAACAUCAGACAGAACCACCUUAAGGACCGUCACCAAAAGAUACCACAAACCUGGCAGGUAUGAUGUAUUUGUGGUCAUGUCAAGUGGCCAGAUCUCCCUUACCUCCGAUGUGUUCCCGCUGGUCGUCCAGAGAGCGGUGAAGCUCAACAGGCUGCUCCACCAGGCUUCUGUCCUGCAGAACCAAACUAUGACAGUGAGCUGCAGGGUCAAUGUGGGGACUGACGUCACCUUUCUGUGGAGCUUUGGAGACGGAUCAUCCAGGCUGGGACAGAGCACAGAGCAGCACGUCUUCUACAGGACGGGAGAGCUCCGACUGGAGGUCACUGUGUCUAACCUGGUCAGCUCUGCCUCUCUAAGUAGUCACAUCUUUGUAGUGGACCGACCUUGUCAGCCUCCACCAGUGAAAAACAUGGGGCCUUUAAAAGUACAGGUGCAGAGAUAUGAGGUAAUCCAUCUGGGGGUGACCUAUGAGACAGAAGUUGACUGUGACAUUUCAGGAGGACUUCAAUACACCUGGACGCUGUUUGACUCUGCAGAGAAGGUCUUCCCUUUGCCUCUCGUAGACACACACAGACAGAGCCUCAUACUGCCCAGCCGUCUCUUGCACUAUGACACCUACACUGCUAUAGCCAGGGUUCAGAUUGUUGGGAGUGUGGUGUACAGUAACUACAGUGUGAGAGUGCAGGUGAUACCAAGCGCUCCUGUGGCCUUCAUCCAGGGUGGCACCAACAUCUUUAUUAACCACGGAAACACCACUGUGGUCACACUGGACGGGCAGAGAUCUUACGACCAAGACUUCCCCAUGAACCCAGUCGGCUUCAGUUGGACAUGUAAACCAGUAAGCUUCAUCACCAGCUCCUGUUUCCACCAUGACGUUCCCACUACGUCCCCUGUUCUGGUAUUUCCUGCUAGUUUCCUAAAACACAACUUUGACCAGUUCCAGUUCACACUCACCAUCCACAGCGGUGAGCGUUCAGCUUCAUCACAGACCUUCCUCACGUUAACACCCAAUGUGAUCGGAAAAGUGUCACUUUACUGCCCUCAGUGCCAGGGAGACCAGGUGAACUGGGAUCAGUCUUUCUCUGUCAACGCCUUAUGUGAAGGCUGCAAUAUUUCCACAAAGUACAUUCAGUACACCUGGAGCCUGUACGUGGUCAAUGCAUCAUCCAAGCCUGCCACAGAAGUCCCAUUUUGUUACACAGUGGAUCUCAGUGCUCCCUCCACCAUCAUGGAGGGUCCUGUUGCCUCCCCUCAGACCUCAACCCUGCAUCCUGCUACAGCUGAGACAGAACUGGAGCCCUUGCUUGUCUCAUCUCUAGUCAACAUGAGCACAGCAGGAUCUGGAGAGGAGCCCUUUUAUCACUCUCUGAGGGAGACUGACCCCCCAAAGCCUUUGUACUCCUCCACUGAAUACCUGCCACUUCCCCUUGACAACAGAGGCGUCCUCUAUUCAGACCACCACGGCCAAAGUGACGUUAUCAGUGAAUUCCCGAUGGAUUCUGACUCUUCUGCUGACUGGGAGUUUUCUUUUCCAUUCCUGGAGAACAGUGACUGGGAAGAUCGACUAGCUUCUCAUAUACACCGUCUGUGCAGGUUUUCAGUGUGUAACUACUGUAUAUUGUGCAUUGAAUCUGUUUCUCUGUCAGAUUAUGUUAUUCCCCUGAUGAGAACAGAGGAAGGAGACCCUGGGAUAUCAGCAGGAAGACCUACAGGGGUGGAUGGUGAGAGCUUCAGUCCAGGAGACGAUUCAGUGUUUGAUUCUGCAUCACAUGAAGACGAAGGGAAUAAUCUGUUAGAUUCCAGACCAUCUGUUGUGAUUCAGGACCCAAUCCUGCUUGAUUUACCUCGAGACCUGGUAGACAGAGGCCUUUUUGAGUCCUACACUUAUACAGGCAUAUCCUCCCCUUUGCUCAACUUCAGACCGUUCAGCCUGAAGCCUGGGAGCAGAUACAUGUUGGAGGUCACUGCCAAAUCCCAUGAUAGUUUUCUGGGCUGGACUCAGCUUUUCUUAAAAACCAACCCUGCUCCAAAGGGCAUGACAUGCCAGGUGCAACCAGUCAAAGGAGUGGAGUUAUACACACACUUCAGCAUCUUCUGCACCUCAGGGAGAGAGGACUUGCAGUAUGAAUACAGCGUCAGUGUAGGAGGCAGACCUCCCCGGGUGUUGUAUAAGGGGAGGGACUUCCAGUACUACUUCAGCCUUCCUUCUGGUGACCCAAGUGAUGACUAUAAAGUAACUAUUUACACAGAGAUCAGGAGCAGCAUUUAUGGGACGGCCACUAAACCCUGUCCUGUCACUGUCCAAGUCCUACCAAGCUUCCUCAGAGACACAUCUUCUCAUCUUGAUCCUGAUCUGGAGCUUGCAGAGUCAGGUCUCAGAAACCUGUCAGCUCUGAUGCAGCUUGGAAACAGUGUGGAGAUUCGUAACUACGUCAGUCUCCUCUCCAGCAUCCUAAACAGACUCAGCCUGGACGAAGUGGCCAACACACAUGAACAGAGACACACACGCAAUGUGCUCAUUAGCACAGUGUGUGAGCUUGAGAGCAGUGUAAAGGCAUCAAUGUUGGACAACGUCAGCAUUCUCAAAAACCUGUUACAAGUUACAAGUCAGGUGACCUUAUCUAGUGCAAGACGAGUGACAGCUCACAUUCAGGUCAUCUCUGAGCAGUUUUCAGAGCCCAGUGCUCCAGCUCAGUUCCAUCUGGACCAGAAGACACUCAACACCCUGGUCGCCCUGCUUUCAUACAGCCUGCAAGCUGCUGUCAUGAUUAAUGACUUCACACCAGAAAUGUCCACCAGUACUGACAUAACACAGACAUUAGAGUCAGACCCACGUGAUGAAAUACAGGACACUUCGAGCAUUAACAUCCAACGAGGAGGAUCGAUUUCAGCAAAGCAGACGGUGCAGCUUGUAGCUAAUAUUCUGCAGACUGCUUCAGACCUGAUGCUGAAAUACGUCUUGUUCCACGAAGCCCAGGAGCACAGAGUCAUCAGUGGUCUUAUCACCCUAUAUGCCACAUACCAAAACCAAACCUCCAGAGUCAUCAGCAGUGGCUCAACCACAGUCUACAUUCCUGCCUCCCUCAUCCAACUUCUGUUUUUUCAUCGCAGUAGAGAGACUGAGAACAGACCACAUCGGCCAUGUGUGCUCAGCAUGCUGACUGAGCUCAGCCACAACCCUUACGCCAGGAUCCAUGGUCCUGGAACGCUGAGCGGAAAAGUGGUUGACCUGAGUGUGUACAAGUGCAGCACGAGGAGAAAGAUCCGUGUUCGCUCCCUGAUUCAGCCAAUAGACAUCGAGCUGCAGCAACCACCAAAACAUAGCUCUGCACGCGAGUACAUCCUCCUACGCAGCCAGGUCAACUACCACAGCUUCAACAUUACCCAGGAGCACUUGCGGCAGGCCAUCCAGCUGAGUGUGGUGUUCACACCGCCGCUCAACCACGCAUUUCCCAUCAUGCUGCUCUUCAGGAUGUCUGAGAGGCCGACUCCAGGCAUGUACCAUCUGCACAGGAUUCAUCACUGGAAGACCAACACCACACGCCUUACUCUGCCCUCAAACUACCUCAGUGCUGCAGGUGUUGGCCACCUGGCUCUGCUGAAUGCUGAUUUUGGGAAAACACCCAAACACAAGCGACUGAGUGAACAGGUCAGUUACAGUCUCAGGGUGGACAGCAGCCUUUGUUUGUCUUGGGAUGGCCACCAGGGAGCCUGGACACACCACGGCUGCAGGACACAGCAUGCACACACAUCUACUGCAAUCAACUGCAGUUGUCACCAGCUGAGGCCGCUGACUGUGGUGCAGCAGCAGAUCCAGAGCAGCCAUGACACAACCAGCCUGGACCCGUUCCUAAGUGUGUCCAGUGAUCUGACGGUGCUGGGUGUGCUGGUGCUGUGUGUGUGCCUGUACGUCCCUGGGUUGGUGGUGUGUAGGAGAGCUGACAUCAUCUCCGAGGCGAACCAGAAAGUCCACUACCUUUCUGACAACUCUUCGUGUGACCCAUAUCUCUAUGCUGUAACAGUCCACACUGGUCUCUGCUCUGCAGCGCGUAUGAGUGCAAAGGUUUACAUAGUGCUGAAAGGUGAAUACGGGGUUUCGCAGACAAAAGAACUACAAGUCCCAGGAUGCACUUUGUUCAGGAGGAACUCUCAAGACACCUUUGUACUCAGUGCAGCAGAGAGCCUGGGCCCAGUGUGGGGAGUUCACAUAUGGCAUGACAGCUCUGGACCCUCCCCAAGCUGGUACCUCAAACAAGUGGAGGUGUGUGAGGUGAGCAGGGGGCAUGUGACGGGACGUGCUUGGCUCUUUAUCGGUCAGUGCUGGUUGGCUGUGAACAAAGGUGAUGGCCGUGUGGACAGAAAGCUGCGAGUCUGCACUCAGGGAAUAGGCUUUGCCAAGAUGUUGUGUCUCAAGCUAUCUGACUAUUUGGCCGACCACCAUAUCUGGAUGUCUGUGUUCAGCUGCCCCAGCCCAAACUCAUUCACACACGCUCAAAGACUUAGCGUGAGCCUGCUGCUCCUGUUGGGAUAUGCAUGUGUCAACACAGUAAUCAUAUCACAAAUGGAUAAACAGUUGCCAUACGAGUUGGGCAUCAUCGAUGUCUCAGCUCUUUCUGUGAAAACAGGAGUAUUAAGUGUGAUGGCAGUGUUGCCUGCAGCAGCAAUCAUAUCAUUUCUGUUCCGAUUGCGUGAGGUCAAGCUGACACAGUCUGAAGUCCAACAUGCAGAGGGCAGAAUGACUGAGAAGGACUUUUUUGAAGAUACCCUUUUAGUGAAUGACAGUUUAUUUGAGCACCAUAUCUCUUGGAACAGUCUUCAGCAGUGGGCGCAGGCCACCUGGAGGAAAAAAUACCAGCGCACAGACCUGCGGUCAGUGUCCACCACUAUUCUGGAAGAUAAAAGUACAAAUAAAGAACCUGUAAUCCAAACAGAUGCCAUCAUAGGAAAGGGGGAUGCUCUACCAGUUGAGGACAAUAUGGAACCAAUGCUUGGAAAUUUUUCGUUCAUUACUGAGGGGAACGGUAUCAAUCAAGCACCUCCGGGAAAAGAGUCAGAUCUUUUAAGUGAAAAAACACAGAGAUCUCUUUUGUCCGGUACGAGUGAUGGAGGUCAGGCUAUUCUGGAGAAGAAAGAUCCUUCAGGGAAAAGGGAGGAGGGCAGCCAUCACCAGACAGCGUGGUCUGGUCACAACAGUUGUUACCACGUCAUUGACAGCCUAAAUCGGAGAAGAUUCAAACUAAUAUCUCAGUGGUGUCACUAUUUGGCCUGGACACUGUGUCUGCUGUUGUCCCUCUUGUGCCUGCUGCUAUCUGCAGUGCUGGGAAUGAGGUUCAGCAGCAGCAAGGUUCUGCUAUGGAUACACUCUCUGUUCUUCUCCCUGAUCUCUUGCAUCUUCGUCAUCCAGCCAACUGUGAGACUUUCAAAACUGUGCAGCCACAAUAGAGUUAAUCAACUGGCAGAGCGGUUUGGAACAUCUGCCUUUCCUCAGGAAAGAUGCUCGUACCUUGAAAAGGUGCUUAGAGCUCGUCAGCGAGCUCGGUACCUCCGCCUUGUGCGCCCACUGACCCGGCCUGAGCUGAGGAAAACUCGAGGGACGAAAAGAAGAGAGGCUGUUAUCCACAAGAUUCUCAGGGAUUUGUCUAUCUGUGGCUCCAUGCUCUUCCUCAUGCUGUGUAUAAAUUAUGGCAGCUCAUUUGCUGACCAUUACCACCUUAAUAAAGCUGUCAAGAAAAGAUUCAGCAGAGGCCAUGAUAAUGCAUUUCUGUCCAUACAAAAGCAUGAGGACUGGUGGAAGUGGGCACAGACGAGUCUUCUUCAUUCACUGUACAACAAUACAACAGCUGCAAAUAAGUCCCACAUCUUGAUUGGAGAGCCAGUCCUGUGGAAGACAGAGUUGUCAAGCUCAUUUCAGGGCGAGCUCUCCAGUGUGACCCUUGUACCAGACUGCCUUCGGUUAUUCUUGUCUGGGACCAAAACAUCCACUCACCCACACUUAAGUGUCUCAGUUCCUAUGGCAACAGCGCCAAGGACAUGUGGUCUCCUUGGCUGCUACCUGGGACCGAGUGCUACAGUUGUCUUAGGACACACAAGGUCUGAUGCUACGUCCAGACUGAAGCUCCUGCAUUCAGGUGGCUGGCUGGACAGACAGACGGUGGCCCUGAAGGUUCAUUUUACAUUGUUCAGCCCUGCACCCAACUUAUUCACCAGUGUGACCAUGCAUGAGCAGAGCCCCACUGGUGUCCUGCUGACCUCUGCUAAAGUCCAGUCUGUUAGAGUUUAUCACACUCCUGCUGUGUGGGACUAUGUUGUCAUGGUGUGCCAGCUUCUCUUUCUCCUCUUGUCUCUGCUUCAACUCUGUGAUCAACUAUAUGUUAUGGGGCGGCAAGGGCUGAUGGGAAACUGUAGGACAUCCUGCAACUGGCUGGAAGUCAGUUUGGUGACAGUAACUUUUGUGUACUAUGUUUAUUACAUCUAUUACUCCAUUGUUAUCUUGGAGGUUGUGGAGCUGCUGCAGAGACACAACCACAGAGGACAUGUUGACGUCAGCCUCCUGGCCACCUGGGAACAAUAUGUUCGUACUCUGCGUGGUGUUACGCUCUUCCUUCUCACCAUGAAGUUUAUGACUGUGCUGAGGGUGAACAGGACCUUGGCCAUGACCACCACACUCUUUACCCGUUCACUCUCCAGCCUCUUCUGGCCAAUGAUUUUAAGUCUUAUCCUGAUGGUGGCGCUGUCCUGCAUGGGGAAUCUCCUGUUUGUGCAAAGCUCCUUUGCCUUCAGCUCACUUUCCCGCUCCCUUCAGACUCUGCUCCACCACAGCUGGGGUCUCAGGACCACAAGAGGCCUCUUCCUCUCUGGGCGUGACUUCCUUUACCGUGGAGUUCUCUGUCUGUCCUCUGUGGUGUGGACAACAGUGGUGAUAGUUGUGAUGUCCUCAUUUGUCAGAAGUGCCAAAAGAGCUCAAAGCAGGGGGAACAUCUUCACUCUAGCAGAAUUAACCAGCUACAUCAGACGGAGGGUCUCUGAGUUCACUGGACAGCGUGGACAAGCAUGGGUUGGAAAUCAGGUGGAAAAGAGGACUUACAACUUUGAGGAGUUUGAAAGCUUAGUAGAUGAACUAUUGUUCAGACUCAACGCCCUCUCAAACAGUCUGCAUCACGCUCUGCCCCCCAAAGCCCACUGCUACAGGGAGGAGGACAGUCCUGUCAUCUCACCCAUAUGGGAACCCUCAGACAUGGGCAGACAGGACUUUGUAAGAACACAAAUGACUGAAGAGAUGAAGGUGAAUGAUCACAAUGAUGUCAGUGGCCAUGGAGAAAUCUUUUUUUCUGCACCUCACCUGCUCAGGUCCAAGCUUGAGGUGGAGAUGCUGCACUUCCUGCAGCAGAAAGGCCAAAGGGGAAACCCCUCAGAGACUGUUGUGACAUUGAAUAGUUCGCAACAACCUAAAUCAAGAGCCAAAGAAAAUCCAAAAGACAGAGAGCUCCACACUUAUUUAAAGGAACAAAACUCACCGUCCCUCCCAGAGUCAGCUUCCCUCAUAAGGGUUUGGACAGAAGAUGUUCUUGAGAAGCAAGCUGACCAGUGGACUAAAACAAAUGACAGUUGCUGGUUUGUCAAAACUCAGGCUGCACAUACAGAGGUGGUGGUGGAAGUUCUGGUCCAUGAGGAGCCAGGGGGUGUGGAGCCAGAUCAACAGUAGGGUCCUUAGGUGACAGUUAUGGUGGGGACACUGCAAUCAUUUUAAUAAACAAGAUCUGCAAGGUUAUAGAUAUACUGUAUUAUAUGUGCUCAGCAUCUUACUGACUCAAUACUUAGUACUUGCAUUGUUGCAAAACCAGAAUGACUAGUUUGUAACUUUGCACUUGAGUCAUUAAGUCAUUAAUGGUUUACAAUACAUACAACCCUUUUUAAAGGUCCUGUGUUUAAGAUUUGGGGGGAUUUAGUGACAUAUAGUGGUGAGGAUUGGCAAUUGCAACUGUCUGAAACCUCUCCUUGUUAUAAUUCCUUUAGCGUUCAGAGUUAAUUUGUUUGUUUGACAUUUUUCCUUUAUCUUGUUCAUUGAAUAACAACAGUCACAUAGUCAUUUUAAGUUAGGUACUUUUACAGAGUGAACCAAUUUUGUAUUUUUUUUAAAAAGUUGUUUGUAGGAAUGAAACAAACAUGUAGAGCAUGGGGUGUUUUUGCAUUUGCAAUUAAUUAAUAAAAAUAGGUGUAUUAAAGAGAUGAAGGAAAUUUAAACAAAAGCAGGGCAUUUCAAGGAAUUAUACAUUUUCCUCUUCUUCCAAACUUCUUCAUAUUAAAUUGGAACAUUUAACAUGAAUAUGUUAAGUUUGUCAAAAACACACUUGCUUUUGAAGCACUAUGAAUUUCCAGUACAGAGAUUUUAUUUUGAGUGCCAUUUC